GUCCAUGGCCAAAGCUUAACCCGCACACAACAUUUAACCCCCAAAAACAAAUUCACCCAAACAUUCUCCUUCCUUCCCCCACCGAUAUAAAGGGGAAAGAUUUUCGCGAAUUCAGUAUGUGUCCGAUGUGGACAGCCUCUAUUUUCCGAUGCUUGCCGUCGUCUAUUUUCCGGUGGCCGGACUUCAAUUUCUCUCAGUUCAGCUUCGGCUGGAGCCCGCGGAGCCUCUUGCAGAGGUGGAUGGAGUUCUCGAUUGUGGAUGAUGUGUUCUGGAUCUUUGUUACCGCGCUGGAGUCCUUAGCUCUAGCUGCGAUGCUCUGUUUCUUCCUUGUGUUCUGUGGAUGUUCCAUUUGAUUGAUUGAUGUAUACUUGUUUCCUGAAUGUUCCAUUAAGUUUUAGUGACUCGAAAUCACCAUAAUUCAUAGAUUACAAUUGAUUCAAUUUCUUCCACCAUAUUUUCUUCUAAUUUUUCUCCCAAUUAUGGAUAUUUUCUGAUUUUUUAUGCAAUUUUUCAUGAACCCUUUUUUUUUUUCCUUGUUGGAACUUGAAGGAGACCAAGUUCAAUAUAAGAUUAAGCACGUU